AUGCCCCGCGGCGUCAAGAAAGAAGAGAGCCUGGCCGACGCCGACUACCUGCCCGACGCGCCCGGUGUCGCCAUGGGCAAGCUGCCUGACCUGGCCAGCAAUGGCAUGAGUAUGGGCAUGGGUAUGGGCAUGGGCAGUAUGUCGACACUGCCCCCCGGCGCAGAAAACAUAGUCAUCAAGAACCAUUUUCCCGUCGCGCGCAUCAAGCGCAUCAUGCAGGCCGACGACGACGUGGGCAAGGUCGCCCAGGUCACGCCUGUUGUAGUCUCCAAAGCACUAGAGCUCUUCAUGAUCUCGCUCGUCUCGCGCGCCGCGGCCGAAGCCAAGUCGCGCAACUCGAAGCGCGUCGGCGCCAUCCACCUCAAGCAAGCCAUCACCAAGAACGAGCAAUUUGACUUCCUCAACGACAUUGUGAGCAAGGUCGCGGAUGCGCCGGAGAAGAGUGACGACCCUGGUGAUGUAGAGGGUAAGAAGAGGAAGGCGCCUGGACGGAGGAAGAAGAAGACCGACGACGAUGAUGAAUUUUGA